GUAUGACUUGUGUACUACGUCACUCCCCCUAGUAACCUCGGCAGCGUCUUGGGCAGAUAAAGCAACAAGAUGGGAUUGCUGUCGAUCCUGCGCAAGCUGAAGAGCACACCGGAUCAGGAGGUUCGGAUCCUGUUGCUGGGACUGGAUAACGGAGGGAAGACCACCCUGCUGAAACAGCUAGCGUCUGAAGAUAUCAGCCACAUCACCCCCACGCAGGGCUUCAACAUCAAGAGCGUUCAGUCUCAGGGUUUCAAGCUGAACGUGUGGGACAUCGGAGGACAGAGGAAGAUCAGGCCGUACUGGAGGAACUACUUCGAGAACACGGAUGUGCUGAUCUAUGUCAUCGACAGCGCUGACAGGAAGCGGUUUGAGGAGACUGGGCAGGAGCUGGCUGAGCUACUGGAGGAGGAGAAGCUGAGUGGGGUUCCAGUUCUGAUCUUCGCCAACAAGCAGGACCUCCUGACGGCAGCACCAGCUUCGGAGAUCGCUGAGGGCCUGAACCUGCACACCAUCCGGGACCGCGUGUGGCAGAUCCAGUCCUGCUCUGCCCUGACCGGGGAGGGCGUCCAGGAGGGCAUGAACUGGGUUUGCAAGAGCGUCAACGCCAAGAAGAAGUAGCUCGGCUCAAAGGAUGCGCUGGUGUGUCUCACUCACACACAUACACACACACACACUGAAUCCCUGGGACAGGGAGAACCUGUGAAUGUACACACUCGAAAACCAACAUGGACUUGAAGAGUUUCUACCCCCUGGCUCCCCUCAUACACACGUUUACUAAACUUCUAGUCAUGUAAAGAGACACUACAACUCCCACUUUUGCUAAUAAAGGGGAAGGUUGUUGGCCUUUAAAAGGAACACACGCUAGAGGACACACCCAACUCCAGCUGAGCCUAACCAUUCUAGAACCCUUUACACGCUCUCCUAGAACCCCUAACAUUCCAGAAGCUCAUACAUUCUCUCAUAGAAUUUCUACGCUCAUCUCAUACGCUCUUUCCUCAAACCCUUAACAUUCCAGAACUCGCUGAUCUGUCUUCUCGUCAUCCUGCUGUCGUUCUGACAGGUUGCUACUGUGUGUGUGUUUUGUAUUCAAUGAUGGCUGUACGCUUGCUAUGGCCCUGUUUGAAGUGAGGUAUAUUUUUGUAAUUAUUUAUGGUGAAGUAGAAUUCAAGAUGCUUAUAAACAACUAGUGUGGAGCGCGUGCUAGGUAGAAAGUUUGAGAAUAAUGGUCUUCUGUGCUUUUAUUGCUCUGUCAACAGAUGAUACACUACAUGUUAAUAUGUAAAAAUGAAACACUAUGAAUUCAAAUAGAUAAGCACUACAUUUUAGAUUGACUGUAAAUAAAUUCACCCUGCAUUCCUGUUCUGCACAUUAGCGGUCUGUACCAUGUAGUCUAUAAUGUUUGCACAUGUUGUGUCUCCAGGUCAGGUUUAACAGGGAAAUGUGGUACCAGAUGUUUUUAGCUGUGUUCCUCGUGAGUUGGCCUACAGAGAUAACAGAGUUAUUUCCUUUUGAUAUUCUUGAAUGUGAUCUGACCAAGGAUUGAAGGUACGCAAAUAAACACUUGUGAGUAAAAAAAAAAAAAACUUUAAAAAAA